AUGCCCGCCAAACGUUCUCGAUCACCCAGCUCCGACGACGACGUCCCCAAGAACAAGGACAGCGCGCCAGAGAGCGAGGAGGAGGAAGAGGAAGAGUAUGAAAUCGAAGAGAUCCUUGAUGCACAACGUGGUCGUUUCCCUGGUGGCCGACUAGCCUACUUUGUGAGAUGGAAGGGAUACGGUCCAGAGGACGAUUCAUGGGUCGACGAAAAAGACGCCGGAAACGCGCAAGAGCUUAUCGACAACUUCUGGAAAAAGAAAAACAAACACGACGAGCUAAGGGCCCAGAAGGAGGCCAAAUCUGCGAAAAAAGCGCGUCAGUCCACGGCAAGCGCGUCCGUCAGGAAGUCAGGCUCGACUGCUACAUCUCGGGGCACGAAAUCCGCGAGGUCCCAUGAGGAUGAUAUGGACGUAGACCGCGACGAAGAUAGCCCGCCAGCUUCCAAGAGGGUCAAGAGAGCACCGAAAACGACCGGGAGAAGCGUCUCAGAGACGCCAGAGCCGCAAGCCCCGGAAUUCAAGAGCAUGGACGCUUCAUACAUGAAGGUUGCCGACUGGGAGCCCUUGGUCAAGCAAAUUGAUACAGUGGAGAGGGUGGACGACGAUUUGAUCGUCUAUUUCACUCUGAAAUCGGGGGAACAAGUCAGGGAAAGCAGCAAGGUAUGCAGGAAACGUUUCCCCCAGAAGCUCAUCGAUUUCUAUGAACGCAAUUUACGCUGGAAGAUGGCGGAUGACGAUUCUUGAACAUUUGGAGAUUUUGCAAGUACUUUUUCGUGUAUCUAUUUUUUAUUCUUUGACCCUGUUGUGCAUCUAAUGUUUACUUAAUAUCACUUCUGCCAUGUUCAUAUUGCUGGGCAUAGGAUUUGGGCGAUUUUCACU